AUGCCAGACUGGUCGAAACUAGCAUCCAAAGGGAAGGAAUAUUCGAAUAAAGGGCUGGAUAGGGGAAAGAAGGCGUACAAUAACUCGCGCUCAGCGCCCACGGACAAAUCAGAUCCAAUGAGAGGGCCGAGGGAGCCGCCAGCGGAGGAGGUGGCACAAGGACCCACGCCAGCGCAGAUGAAUCGGCCUGUCAGACAGGAUAUUGCACCGCCACCAUUGCGUGCAGAUUCAAGCAGACCUAGCCCUAGCUCUGGGUAUACAGCGCCACCACGUGUGGAAUCGCAGGCAAGGCCAAUGCAGAGCAGAGGGAGUGCUUAUGCAGCGCCUAGAGGGGGAGUGCCCCCGGCGGCGCCUGCACGUACACCUGCCCGUGGUAGAGCGCCACCGCAGGCGAAUCCGCGACUCCCAACGCGUGAAGACCUCCCACAGUACCCAGGGAAUCCAUCCAACAUGCUGAGGGAGAACAAGGACCAGCUGUUUGGAUUCCUGGAUGAAUAUUUUGGCAGAGACAGCGGGAACGAGCCGGCUAUCCCAACACACUCCCGACCUACUUGA